AUCUCAGAUCCCGGGCCUCCCGGAAGUUGUUGCACAGUCGUUUCCGGGGUGGUGUAAGGAGGAGCGGGACCCCAAAUGGGUCGCAGUCGCAGCCGCUCCCCACGGAGGGAACGUAGGCGGUCCCGCUCCACAUCCCGGGAGAGAGAUCGCAGGCGCCGGGAGAGGUCCAGGUCCCGGGAAAGAGAUCGGAGAAGGAGCCGCUCACGAUCCCCACACCGGAGACGCUCCAGAUCUCCAAGACGACAUAGAUCCACAUCUCCUUCCCCUUCUCGACUGAAAGAAAGAAGAGAUGAGGAAAAGAAAGAAACAAAAGAAACCAAGAGUAAAGAACGUCAGAUUACUGAGGAAGACUUAGAGGGCAAAACAGAGGAAGAAAUAGAAAUGAUGAAGUUAAUGGGAUUUGCUUCCUUUGAUUCCACAAAAGGAAAGAAGGUGGAUGGCUCUGUAAAUGCCUAUGCCAUAAAUGUGUCUCAGAAGAGGAAGUACAGGCAGUACAUGAAUCGAAAAGGUGGAUUCAACAGACCUUUGGAUUUCAUUGCAUGAGACUUGAAAUGUUGAAGAAUGAUUUUUUUCCCCUCAUCUUGGUCAGAGAAUGGAUUUUGUAUUUUGUUAAUUAGUAUGCAUCAAAAACAGGAUCCCGGUUCUUCUUCUUAUAAAGUAAGAAAAUCUUAUUUAUGAUACGCGCAGUUCACUUACCUUGCCUCAAAAGAAGAAAGGUUAAAUAUACAUUUUUGUCUUUUAGGAAAUAUCAUUUGUGGCAAUCAUCAAACCCAUUUUGUUUAUCCUUAUUCCUGUGGAAGUUGUAUAUGUUUUCUUCUUGGAGGCUCAUUAGGAAUUUUUGAAAAACAUGAAAGUAAUUUGGAUGUAAGUUCUCCAAUAAAGCAAUAUUUCUAACCUUUUAUAUUUGAUAAAUAUUUUUGUUACUGGGUAAAAGAAUCUCCCUAGACAUUUUCUUUUUUUUCAAACAUAGAUUUAGGUGUCUUGAUUCUUAGUAGGUUAAGAACUGGAAGAAUGAAGAAGUAUAACUUCAGAUUUUUGUAUCUUCUGUGUGUUUUCCCCCAAUACCAUUUUUUUUUUUGCCUCAAUUAUAAAAGCAAUGCAUGCUUAUUAUUAAAAAAAACUUGGGAGAAACCAAAAAGUAAAAGAGAAGCCAAAAAUCUACUGUAGUCUACUCCCAGAAAUAAUGAGUGUUAAUGUUUUGGUAUAUAUCUUUUCAGGCUCCUGUGGUUAUAUAUUGCUCACCCCAACCAUAAGAUCAGAAUAUAUAAAUAUGUACAUAUACACACAGUUCUUUCUCUGACCCUUUUUCUGCCAUGUAUUAUGAAUAUUUUUUUAUACUUUUAAAUAUACUUUGUCAACUUAGCUUUUAGUAGCUCCUUGGUUAUAUCAUAAUUUUUUAACUGAUUCCUUAUUGGUAAACAUUGGCUUGUCUCCCAUGACUUGUUAUAAUUAAACUGUGACACUACUGUCUAUCCCCAUUACAUAUA